AUGGCUCUCACUAUUUGCUCUGCAUAUUUAUUCUAUUUACUUUUCUUGUCUCUAUUGCUUGUUGCUUCUGCAAAUGGAUACGGAUAUGGAUAUGGAGCUCCGAAACCGAAGUUGGAGUCACCCGACCCAAGAAAAGAGUUUCUUCCUGCAAGUUUUAGAGUUCAGGGAAUUAUUUAUUGUAAAUCGGGUUCUAAACUCAACCCACUUAAAGGAGCUAUUGCAAGAAUAACGUGCCUAGCCCUUGACAAGUAUGGAUAUGAACCGGCACCAUUCUCAAUUUUGAGCCGUCCAACCGAUGCCAAUGGUUACUUCCUUACAAAACUAUCUUUUCGACUCGAAGAUGGUUGCAAAAUAACUCAAUGCAAAACUUUUCUAGAAAGCUCUCCUUCGAACACGUGUCAGUUCGCGAGUGAUGUAAACUAUGGAUCAAAUGGAGUUGUUUUAUCGGCUUAUCGACUUGUUGGAGGACAGAAGGGCACGAGAUUGUACUCGGUUGGGCCUUUUGUUUACACUUCGGAACCUAAAACAGCUCCAAAUGGGUACUGA